AAAAGAAGAAGUGGAAAACUGGAGAGUUGGGAGAUGUUAGGAAAUUUCUUCGUUUUUAGAGUCAAAAGUCGCUAUUCAACGCCUAUGUAUAUAACCCGAACCCAAAACCGCGUACAUUUUUCGAUCAAAUUAAAUCAAUAGAAGAAAUAUAGCUCCCAAAAUCGGAAUCGGCUGACCAACCACUUGUAAUUCUCCACCGUGAAACCCGUUAAUCCCCUCUCCGAUCUUAUCCUUGCCGCCACCCCACCCUCUAUAUUUUGCCUCUCCGGCCAUCUCCUGCUCCUCGGUUCUUCCUCCAUUCUCUCCGGUAAGAAUCCGCCGCACGCUUCCUCCGGGGAACCCCCCCCCCCCUCAAUUUUCCUCCUUUUUUAUUUAUCUGUUAGCCGAUUCCUGAUUUUUUCAUGGCAGUUUUGUUCCUUACGGUUUAUGAUUGAUUUUUUGUAAUUAAACAACGGUGCCGUUGACCGGUCAAUCAUGAAUCUCUAACAUUACGCUUUUGCUUUUUGGGGGGUUUUCUUCGACUCUGUACAGUUUGAAUUUGUUCCUUGUAUAAUCUCUGUGAAGAAAUUCUAGGUAUAUCUUUUAUUAUUCUUUGUUGUAUCUAAAAUUUGUAAUUAGGGUUUCUUAAAUUAUCGUUGUCCGAUUAGAAAUAUGUCGUCCGCCGGUGUAGUUGCGAUUAGUCCCAGUACUCUUGAGGAUUCGAUGGUGUUUCCACCACCAUUGUUAUCCCAAGAAUCGAUCUUUAUAUUCGUGGUUACACCGGGGACGACGGUUCCGAUGAGGGUUCUGGAGUCGGAAUCCAUCGAAUCGGUGAAGCUUCGCAUCCAGAAAUGUCAAGGGUUUGUGCGGAAAAAUCAGAAAUUGAUAUGUGGGGGCCGCGAAUUGGCUCGCAGUAAUUCUCUUGUUAGGGAUUAUGGGGUCAGUGAUGGCAAUGUAUUGCAUUUGGUUCUUAGGGUUUCCGAUAUUCUGACCAUUUGUGUUAGGACCUCUUCUGGGAAAGACUAUACUUUUCAUGCUGAUAGGAACAAGGAUGUCGGUUAUGUCAAGCGUAAGCUUGCUGCCGAAACCAAUAAGAAUGUUGGUUUGGAGGGCGAAAUCGAUUAUGUUGAGGACGAGGAAGACCAAGAGGUUCUGUAUGAUGGCAAGAAGCUUGAGGAUCAAAAGCUUAUUAAUGAUAUAUGCCAGCAUAAUGAUGCUGUCAUUCACUUGUUUGUGAGGAAAUGUGCUAAAAUUUGGCCCAAGCCUGUUGGCAAGAACAACUUCGAGUUUUCAUUUGUUGCCGCGUCUCCUGAGUUGGAUAAUAAAGCGAGACAGUUUGAUGGGAACCGAGGAGGAAAUGGGUAUGAGGAGGAGAUACUAUCUGAGACGAAGACCCAUUUUGUGCCUGCUAAGAAGCCUAGUAACAGGGGCAUUGUGUUGAAACCUGUUAUUGUGAACCCGAAGAUUGAAUUACCUUUGGCUAUUCGCGAAAUGAUAGAUUCCACCCUUGCAGGAUUAGAAAGCGGGAGUGAUCCUGUGAGGUCUUCAGAAGGCACUGGAGGAGCGUAUUUCAUGCAGGAUGCCUCGAAAAGUAAGUAUGUGGCUGUGUUCAAGCCCCUGGAUGAGGAGCCUUUGGCCAAGAACAAUCCCCGAGGGUUGCCAUUAUCGGUGGAUCGUGAAGGGUUGAAGAAAGGAACUGUAGUUGGGGAGGGUGCCUUUAGGGAAUGUGCUGCUUAUAUUUUGGAUCAUCCAAGGGAUGGUCCUCGUUCAUUGAUUGGCGAAGCUAAUGGUUUUGCUGGGGUACCGCCUACGUUCUUGGUUAGGUGCCUGCAUAGGUGUUUCAAUCAUCCGGAUGGUGUGAAGAUGAAGGCCGGGUCGUUGCAAUUGUUUGUUGAAAACGAUGGAAGUUGUGAGGAUAGGGGUCCUAAUGCUUUUCCGGUGGAUGAGGUACACAAGAUUGCGGUUCUGGAUAUGAGGAUGGCCAAUGCUGAUAGGCAUGCUGGAAACAUUUUGGUGGGCAAAGGAGAAGAUGGACGGACUGUGCUUAUCCCAAUUGAUCAUGGUUACUGCUUGCCAGAGAGUUUUGAAGAUUGCACGUUUGAUUGGCUAUAUUGGCCACAAGCUCGACAGCCUUUCAGUCCAGACACGUUGGAAUACAUCAGGUCAGUGGAUGCUGAAGAAGACAUUGCCCUGUUGAAGUUCUACGGGUGGGAACUAUCUCCCAAAUCUGCAGAAGUAUUCCGCAUAUCUACCAUGCUGCUUAAAAAGGGUGCGGAAAGGGGGCUCACCCCUUUUGCCAUAGGUAAUAUGAUGUGCAGGGAGACAUUGAAUAAGCCAUCAGUGAUUGAGGAGAUAAUCAAGGAAGCGCGGGAUUUGGUGUUGCCUGGUUACGAUGAAGCUGAAUUCAUGGAGGGUGUUGCUUGGGUGAUGGAUUGCGUCCUCGACAAGAUGGGAUGAACAGAUCUCUGAGGGAAGAGGUUUGGUUUACUGGUACAUAUGGUGAAUAUGAUAUUGGUAAAUAGUUGUGAUAGUGAUGGGUGAUGUAGUGGUGUUGUUUGAUAUGGUUUGUGAAUUAUUGGUAUAUUUGGAGGAGUUGUUCUUUUAUUUAUAAUACAGCAAUUAACAUUUAGGGAAAAGGAAGCUCUGAAAUGGGACAUAGAACGGGUUCAUUCUAGUGUCUUUGUUUUUAGAGGGUGUUGCAACAUGCAAAAUGACAUAUAUACAAGUGGGGUACUUUUUAUUGCAUUUCGAUCCUUUUUAUCAUCCAGAUUGAUCCUUUUUUUACCCCAGCGUGGAUGUGUUGUGUUAUUAGUAACUUAUGUGAUGAUGAGACCCAGAAAUGCGCUUGUUUUUGUGGUUUUGUUAACAGGAGAAAUAAUAAAGCAAAUGGAAAAUGGUAGUCAUAGUAUUACUUGAAACACAAUGAUCCCAAACGUAUCUUGUACUUUUUUUCCUUGUUUUGAUGUGUUGUUGAAGCUAUUAAAAUCCAGUCCUCCACCAAUUCCAUUCUCACGUCUUCUAAACUAAAAUCAAACAGAAGGAACCCCAAAACCCUUGAAAGAUAAAAUUGGUUGUUGUUUCUAGCAGCAAGCGAGGCAUGCCACAUAUGCACAUGGCUGAUCAGCUUGUAGUGCGUGCUUUAGAUAGUGAUACUCCUAUUCUUACUACUGUUGUUUGGAAAACAAAAAGAAAAGUAACAUCCAGAUGAAGAGUUUUGAGAGAGUUAGGGAAGAGUGUUGAGUUGCCGCAA